UUCGUCUGGAAUCCGAGAUAUUCAUUUUAUCACAAUUAUUAUAGAAAAAAAAAAGAACAAGACACUCGUUUUAUCUUUAGUGAUCCUUUUCUUUAAUUUCAUUGUAUCGUUACGUUAUCGUUAAAUCUUAAAUACUGUCACAUAUGUAUAAAGUAUCGUGUAUCGAAACUGCCAUUUUAGUUUCCCGAAAUUUUUGCGUUUUCACAUCGAAUUAACUGAAUCUAUUAACCUAGAACUGCGUCCCAUUACAGAAGUAUAAAUACUGCACAUUUGCACAAUCGAUUUGUUUGACGAUCAUACACCUUGCAGCACUACAUAUAUUUCAGGAAUGCACAAAAAUGUUUGAUAAUACUAAUGCAAGGAAACGAAAAAAAAAAAAAAGAAAAAAUAAAAAGGAAGAAACACAUAGAACGAAUUAAUUUGUUGUAAUCUAAUACGAUAAUAACGUCCUUCUGGGUUCCGACGUCACGAAACAACACGCGAAGUGCAACGGCAAAGUGGCUGUGUACCGAAACACUUCUGCGCUAUACGGCAUCCGAAAAAGGAAUAAAAUAUAGAGAAAAUAAAUUUCGACUCUCGAAACCGUACCAUUCGCACCGUAUACUUUACAUUUUUCGUUUUUAUAAAAAAAAAAAAUUACCUGAGAACUUUUAACGAUUUGUAAUUUAUCAUGGAUGUAUCUGCAUUUUCCGAAGAUACUUUCGAUGUGAAAGAUUGGAUUAAUAAAACGUUUAAAUCUGUCGAGGCACAAGAAAACAAAGAUGCAUUUGUUUCAUCAUUGGUAAUGAAAUUACAAUUGUAUGUGCAACAAGUCAAUGGGGCUUUAGAAGAAACCAGUCAAUCUGUUCUUUCAAGUUUGCCAAGAGUUUUAAGAGAUACUCAACUUCUGCAACAAGAAGCUUUAGCUCUGAGAGAAAAAAUGGUUGCAGUUAAACAAGAAAUAGAAAAGGUUGAAAAAGACACUGCUUCAUCAAUGGUGACAUUAGAGAGAAUAGAUAAAAUAAAAACAGACUUACAGAUUGCUAAACAAGGAUUACACGAAGCUGAUAACUGGAGUAUACUUGCCAAUGAUGUUGAAGAGGUAUUUGAGUCAGGAGAUAUAGAAGCUAUAGCAAAUAAAUUGUUCAGUAUGCAAAAAUCAUUGGCUAUGCUCGUAAAUGUUAUUGACUACGAAGAUAAAAAAUUACAAUUAGAAGGUUUAAAAAAUCGGUUAGAAGCCAUAGCUAGUCCAAAGUUAGUUCAGGCAUUUACUGCUGCAAAUUUGGAACAAUCUAAAGUUUAUGUGGAUAUUUUUAGUAAAAUGGAACGCUUGCCUCAACUUCUCAAGUAUUAUCACAAUUGUCUGAAAGUAUCAUUAGGACAAGAAUGGCGCAGAACUAUUGAAUUAGCACAAGAUGAGAAUGUUUCUUACUGGUUACAUACCUAUUACGAUAAAUUAUUAUCUAAUUGGAAUGAUCAGGUGAAAUGGUGUCAUCAAGUAUUCCCAAGUACCUCAGUUGAUGUAAUUAUUGAGAUAUAUGCUGAUCUUUUGAGAAGUUUGGACCCAGGCAUUCCAGAAUGUAUAGAAGCUCUUUUAAAACAACAUACAAAUGCUAUGCAAUUGUCACUUUUACUUGAACUUAAACAAAUUACAAGGCAUUUUGCUGUGAACUUGCAAGGUGCUAUUGAAACAUCAUCAUAUGGAAAAUCACAGACUCCAAAAUUGUUAGCAUUGGCACAAGCAAUAUAUGCACCUUAUGUUCCAUAUGUUACAAAAUACAAUGUUUAUGAAACAGCUCAACUUGAACAUCAGUUGCAAUCUAUAGACUCUGUUCAAGAUGAUUUAAGUGAUACGAUCAAUAACCUUUCCCUUAGCCUUUCGAGAGUAAUGGAAUAUGCAAAUGAGGCCAAUAAAAGAUGUAAACUCUUUACAGAUGGUUGUGGUUAUCCCAGCGUAUUAAAAUCCCUAACUCGUUACUUCAAUAAAUAUCUUGACAAAUAUCAAGUGGCUAUACGGCAAUUAGAACACAAGAAAGUGAAACAUGAGGAUUGGAAUUUGUUUCAAAUGUGCCUUACUUUGAUGCAAACUAUAGGUGAUCUUUUGGGACAAAUUCAACAAUUUGAGAAAUCUUUGAUAAUUGACAUUACAGAAGCUAAUAAUAAGCUGCAAAGUACAAGUGGUAGCGUUUUUAAUCAAUAUAAAAAAUUACUUUUACAUACAUCAAGUCAAAAUGAAUUGGAAAAUUUAACUGCAUCUUUUCAAAAAGAAGAAGAAACAAUUCUUGAUCCAAUAAUAAAGUCUAUUCACAAACUAUGUUCUGAUUUACAUCGUGCAACAUAUGAAGUAAUCUUUGCUCCUAUCUUUACGCAAUUAUUAUCAGUGCAAAAAGCACCAGCAUGGUCAACAGAAAUCAACAAAAUGACGCAUUUGAGUGCAGAUUUACCCGAUUAUAGCUUUGCUCCUCAGGAAUAUAUAACACAAGUUGGACAAUAUUUGAUGACAUUACCACAGCAUUUAGAGCCAUUUUUACUGAGGGAAAAUCCGAGCCUUACGCAGGCAUUAAAAGCAGCAGAUCCACAAUAUGCACAAAGUUCCACUGAAUCUGGAUUUACUGGUAUUUUAUUAGAAAUUAUUGCUAAAGAAACAUGUCAAAUGUUUUUAGAUCAAACAUUAGGAAUUUGUCAGCUAAGUUCUGCUGCAUGUAAACAACUUGCAACUGACAUAGAUUAUCUUGGUAAUGUAUUAGAGGAACUUGGUCUAUCCUUAUCAGAAAAUCUACAACAUAUGUCUCUUUUAUUAAGACUCCCACCAGAGGAUUACCAGAAGAGUAGCUCUGGAUGCAAUGCCAGAGUUGUAGCUGCAGUCAGACAAAUGAGAAAUAUAACAUUUUCUGGCUAAGUAACGUGCUAUGGCGAAACAAAUUUCAUGAAUAUUUCAAAUUCUUUGUGAUAUGCUCCAAAUGCGCAAGCACAUGUUUAACAACAAGCAAAUAUGAGUGUUAAGAAAACGUACAGAAAUAACAAGAAGCUAUGUAAAUCACUUCAAUGUGAAACAUCAUCUACCAUCAUUUGCAGUAAUGGGUAUUAAAAUAAAAGUAAUAAACAGUUGCACUUUUUCAAUGAAAUUUAUUAUGAAGUUUAACAAAAUCUAUCACUUUUAUUUACUAUUAUGUGGAAGUCGCCAUAUUGAUCAUUUAAUGGAAAACAGUUAUAGCUCAGAUAUGCUUUUAAAAGCAUAUUACAAUGAGUACAAUUUUGAUUAUGUACACUAUAUGUAUACAUAAUUAUCUCUAAACUAAUAAUACUAAUUUAAGAAAGCAGACUGCAGUAUUAAAAAAAGCCAGAAGUUUAUAAUUGUCAUCAAAAAGAGGUGUUGUAUUUAAGCAUAGACAAGAAGUAUUGUAGAUUUAACACGCAAUGCAUUUCACGUCACAUUUGAAAAUCUUAGUACAGCCUAGAUAGAAGAUAGAUCUAUUGCCACAUAUAAGCUAUAGAAUAGAUCUGCAGCUUAUGGGAUUUCUUGUCGCAUUUAGAGCGGUGAGUGGAGGAACUAUAUAUCCAACUCAACCAUGUACGAUGGUACAGUUGGAAGUUACUUCACACUGAGUCGAUAACAUUGCAUCUGAUACAAAAAUGAUAACGACUUCGUAACAAUGCAUGCAUGCGUGUAUAGAUGUAUGUAUGUAAUUGUAAUUUAUAUAUUUUUAUAUGGACUAUAUGGGUCGAUACACAAAGUUAAGUAUUUUAAAUUAUUUUUCUAAAUAUAAAGUAUAAUGCGAACGAUUUAAUGAAUAAUUAAAAAGAUGCUUAGAAAAUAAAAAUAUACACAAAUAUGAGAUAUAUAAUAAAGGCAUUUUGAUAGAAUUAUUUUUAUUCUGAUAAAAAUGUAAGUACUUUAAUUUAAUUUCUAUUAUAUACAGAUAGGGAAAUCUGCAACGUCCAAGUUAUUUUGCUUAACAUUACAUAAUUUCGAAUACUUACAUUUUGUCAAAUUUCGAAACAAUUAAUAUCGUAAACAAAUUCACAUAGGUAUCAUACUUUAAUCUGACUUUAUUGACUACAGAUAUACUUAAACCGAAAUACUGUUAACCAAUCUAUCCACAUAAUUCACAACGUUUCAGGUGCCUUUUUAACAUUCAGAACAUGUUUUCCUUAUAUAUACAUAUAUAUUUAUAUAUACGUUGCCAAGAUAUAUAAUUAUAAAAUAACUUAAAAAGUUUGCAGCACCAUAUACGUAAUUUCACGGUGCAUUAUCGAUGCACCAAAAAGGCUUAUUAAAAUUGGAAAGAAGAAAGCUCGAACAACAUCGAGGUAAUGUAACAAUUUUUACGAGUUUUCUCCUAUCGAGCACGGGCAAAGAUUCUUAAGAUUGAGCAUGUUCCUUUCUAGUUUCGUACACGUACAGUCGCGGCCAGGUAUCCAGAUAGUUAAGAAUUAACGAUACGCGUAAGUUAGAAUGAAACGAAUUUCCCUUGACAAGCGUCGAAUUUAUUAUCUGAUAAAAUGCAGCGAAUGCAAAUGUCGACCUGCUAAGUAGAGAUAUUUACGAACCUUUCAAAUCUUUAACUCGAAGCUUUGUUCACCUCUAAAUAUAUCUACAAUUUCUGCGUUGUAUUUCGAAAUUUUCAAGAAGACGAUCGUCGCAUUAGCUGCAUUCUCUUUCUACGAUCUAGCAAAAUCAACAACUAUACUCGUACAACAAAUUCUCAACUGAAGGGUAAUAUUACGUCCUCGAGUGGCAUCUUCCGCACAGCGCUCGCAGUGGCCAUUAAAGUACAGGACGAUAAAUUACAUAUGCGAUGGAUUCGAGAAGAUCGACAAUUGCUCGUUACAAUUCUCCGUCGAGAUAGUUACAGC